UGUUUAUGAUGGCUUUUGUAUUUUUAUCAUCAGCAAUGUUAUUAAUGUAGUUUGUUAUCUUUGUUUUAUUUUCCUUCCACAAGAAAUGCGGUUUAUUUUUUCUAUUGUCCAUUCACAGGAUAACAAUGAGUUUCCUAACAGACCGGAUAUCUUUGGCGGAUGAGGAGACACUCGACAUAGGAGUCAUUAUUAAAGAAGAGUUCAACGACGAUGUCACCGAAGAGACAUGUCUGGAUAUUAAAGAGGAACCACUUUAUCAUGGAAGUGAAGCAAGCGGUGGAGUGAGCGACGUGAAAGUGAACCAUAAAUGCUUUAACUCUAACAAUCUUCAUGAGCUUAGACAUGGAAAAAAUCCAAAGGGCUCGUGUGACGUGGUUCUGGAUCGUAAUGACUUGUUCAGAGCUACUUUUGUGGCUGAGGACUGCGGGAACAAGUUUUCAUCAGAUGGAGAUCAGGCAAUGCACAAAGAGAGACUUGAGGAGGAGUUACAGCAAAAGGAAGCAUUGAAACGUUUUGUAUGUGAAGUGUGUGGCAAGAAAUUCUCUAAAAAGUCUCAUGUAGUGAGCCAUAUGAAAGUACAUACAAAGGAGAAGCCAUAUAACUGUGAUAUUUGCAAUAAGGCCUUCGCAACAAAAAGCGACUUAAUAAGGCAUAUCAUAAUACAUACAAAGGAGAAACCAUACAGAUGUGAUAUCUGCAACAAGGCCUUCUCACAGAAAACUAGUCUAGUGAACCAUAUAAGGUUACAUACAAAGGAGAAGCCAUACAGCUGUGAUAUUUGCAAGAAGGCCUUCUCACGGAAAGAUAAACUAGUCAGUCAUAUGAGAGAACAUACAAAGGACACGUUAUAAAACUGUGAGAAUGGCUAAUCUACCUACUCAC